GACGUUGGCGGCAGAGGCAGAGGCGGAGGCGGACCGGGUCAGCCAAAAGCGGAGGCUCGGCUAUGAACUUGCUUGGGACAGCGGCGGCGGCGGAACUGAUAGCAGUAUCCUUGCUGAGUGCCCCCUGCUAACGGGACAGAUUUUAACAUUAUGGCAGGGAGGCAUCAGAAUCGUAGUUUUCCUCUUCCAGGAGUUCAGUCGAGUGGUCAAGUACAUGCAUUUGGAAAUUGUUCAGACAGUGAUAUGUUGGAGGAGGAUGCUGAAGUAUAUGAGCUUCGAUCCAGAGGAAAAGAGAAAUUCCGAAGAAGUACAUCAAGAGAUAGACUUGAUGACAUUAUCGUAUUAACAAAAGAUAUACAAGAAGGAGAUACAUUAAAUGCAAUAGCUCUUCAGUACUGUUGUACGGUAGCAGAUAUCAAGAGAGUUAACAAUCUCAUCAGUGAUCAAGACUUUUUUGCCCUUAGGUCUAUCAAAAUUCCAGUAAAAAAGUUCAGUUCCUUGACUGAAACACUUUGUCCUCCAAAAGGAAGACAGACUUCACAUCAUUCAUCGGUUCAAUACUCUUCUGAACAACAGGAACUUUUGCCAGCUAAUGAUUCUCUUUCUUACAGUGACUCAGCUGGUAGCUUUUUAAAAGAAGUAGACCGAGACAUAGAACAAAUAGUAAAGUGUACAGACAAUAAGAGAGAGAACCUCAAUGAGGUCGUAUCGGCCUUAACCGCACAACAAAUACGUUUUGAACCUGAUAACAAAAACACUCAACAUAAAGAUCCCUAUUAUGGAGCAGACUGGGGAAUAGGGUGGUGGACAGCUGUAGUGAUAAUGUUGAUAGUAGGUAUAAUAACACCAGUGUUUUAUUUAUUGUAUUAUGAAAUUUUAGCUAAAGUGGAUGUUAGUCAUCAUUCAACAGUGGAUUCUUCACAUUUACAUUCAAAAAUCACACCACCAUCACAGCAGAGAGAAAUGGAAAACGGAAUUGCCCCAACUAAAGGAAUACACUUUGGCCAACAAGAUGAUCAUAAACUGUAUAGUCAAGAUUCUCAGUCACCUGCUGCUCAACGUGAAACAUAGCAAUUAGCUUAUAAUCAAAUGUUAGUGAUCACGUGCAUCUGGAAUGUGGUGAAUCAAUUAUAUCCAAUAAUCACUCCAAAGGCAGAAUUUAGAGAGAUUGAGGAUGCUUUUGUUUUUAACAAAAGGGUUUUAUACUUUGAAAAGUCUUGAGCAACUAGUUGUUCAUGUUAAGAGCAGUUGAUCCAUAAAUCUGGUGUGUCAGUGUUUCAAGCAGAAGUGAAUUUAAACAUGUAUUUAGGAAAUUCUUAACUUGGAAGAUAUAUCAUUUUUCUUAAGAUGUAUGCUUAAAUUUUAUUUUUUGAAGUAAUUUUUAAAGAGUUUAUUAUUAAAUUUAUGAUGCAGAAUGAUAGCAUCAGAUGACUGCAAUUGAAAAAAAUUUACUAUGAACCCCCAAAAUAUUCAGUUGCAAGAAUGUUUGAUUCUAAAAUUAUUCAUGGUAGCAUACCUAACAUACCACUUUGAAACUUUUAAAAAAUAACACUUAGCACAUGUGCUGUGAAAGCAUAUGUACGAAGAGGGGAAGGUAAAUUAUAAUUUCUACAACAGAGGCCAAGAAAUGAAAUAUUUUGAAGACCCCUAAAUAAUGUGUUAUGGUUGGGAAUUCAGUAGAACACUGGACUAGGCAAAGACCUAACAGUAAUUUUUGUCUUAAGAAUGGUUUCUCCAGGACAGACCCUUUAACCUCACCUCUGUGUACCUGUUUUUAAAGUGAUUAUAUUUGCCUCUGAUAUCUGAAAGUACUUUUAUAGUUUCGAUGAUGAAAAAUAUGUUAAACUUAUAUCUAUUGACAUUAUUUAGGAAAUAAUUUCUUACUGUGAUAAAUCAUUGCUGUUACAUAUAGUAACAUGCCUUAAUUACAUUUAAUGCCUUACUGUUUUUUUAAAUACAAGUUUUAGAAUUAAAAGUAAGCAUUAUUUCAGAUGGUCCAAUAAGAUUCGUUACACAGGCUAUACAAAUUUGUCUCCACUUUGACCAUCAAAGCACAAAUAAUUGGGUCAAAACUGCCUCUGAGGUCUGUUGAAGAAAAUGGUUCAUUAAGCAAAAACGGGUAGAGGGAGAUCUUUUGUAUUAGCAGUGACCGACAAAUCAUUUAGUAAUCCCUUAACCUCUGUUUUUCAGAGAGAAAAUAUCCAAUUUAGAAUUUUUUCCUGAACUAUAUAUAUAGCAUCAAAUUGGGAAACAAAGGCCAAAGGUGUAUAGAUUGCUUGAAAGGGUGUAAUAUGCCUCUUUUUAAGAUCUGUUGAGUCAGCUACAGUCUGACUAAGUAAGAAGCAUUUGCAUACUGAUUCCAUCAUUUAAUCUUUAGAAGUAUGUGUUUUAAAAAUGUAACCAGAAUGAUUCUUCAAUAGAAAUGAGAUUUGGUGGAGUCUGGAUUGCCUGUUUUGUAUAUAAUAAAGUAUAUAAUUAAGAUAUAUAAUAACACCUCCACCUCAUUUUCUGGGCAUUAUUUCCUAAUUGUUGAUGUUUCAAGCUUUUGAUCAGUCAUUUUAUAUAUUUCAAAUUUCAAUCUUGAUACAAAGUGGCAUAAAUAAAUAAAUUAUUUAAGGCAAAUAGUUUUAUAUACUUUCAGGAAAAGAAGAGUCAAACAUUAAAGCCCUUGCAGAUACUAGACUUAGACAAUUACUGAAAAGUGUUUAAUAGGGAAGUUGCAAAUUGAUUCUUGUAGUAAAUUAAUCAUUUAAAAAUUGUUUUAACGUGCCUUCAUCAUCUUGAAGAGUGUGAUAUAAUUUAUGCUCAGUGUUAACUGGCCAGUUUACAUUGUAUUUAUUAAGCCUGCUGAAAAAUGAGGUUUUACGGAAGAAAAUGCAGAUUAUUUUAGGGUAAACAGGCCAGGUGUCAUUUGAAGAACUUUGUUUACAUCAAGUUGAUGAAAUUAUAGUCUGAGUCCUUUUUUGCUCAUUGUACUUUGAAAUUGUUAUGAGUUCGAUUUCCAAAAUACAUAAUUUAUUUUUUUAUUUUAUUUUAUUUUUUGAGACGGAGUUUUGCGCUUAUUACCCAAGCUGGAGUGCAAUGGCGCAAUCUCGGCUCACCGCAACCUCUGCCUCCUGGGUUCAGGCAAUUCUCCUGCCUCAGCCUCCUGAGUAGCUGGGAUUACAGGCACGCACCACCAUGCCCAGCUAAUUUUUUGUAUUUUUAGUGGAGACGGUUUUUCACCAUGUUGACCAGGAUGGUCUCGAUCUCUUGACCUCGUGAUCCACCCGCCUCGGCCUCCCAGAGUGCUGGGAUUACAGGCUUGAGCCACCGCGCCCAGCCCAUAAUUUAUUUUUAAAAAAUGAAUAAGGUGUGCUGUGUACUUGUUGAUUAAAAAUCAUUUGUUUUGUAGAGUAUCCUUUUCAAAGGAAAUAUACAUCCUGAUAACACAAUCAGGCAGGUUUUUUUCUAUAUUUAAAUUAUAUAUUUUUGAAUUAUUGAAUAUAAUUUGUAUUACAUGUAAUUCUAUAUAAAGGUUACAUAUUGAAUUAUGGUUCUAAGGUUUUGAAAAGAAUUUUCCAAGCAUUGAAUACAUGUGGAAUAAUUUUAGUUUCUAAAAGGUACUAAUGUAAGUUGGUAUCAAAUGCAAAUUAUCUUGUAUAACUAAUUAACAAGCACAGUUACUGUUUAACAUUGUAGAUUUUGUGUUCACAUGCUUAUUUGAAUUUGCAGCUUUAGAUGUGUGUCUGUGUGUGUGUCUACGUGCACAUGUGCACUUGUAUGCAGUGUAAAAGUAACAACAGAAUCAUUGCAUUUGGUUCACUUAAAAUUUGGGAGUUAGCAAAUAAAGAAAAAGCCGAUAGUUUUAUGAAGUCUGUGUUAAAAUUUUUUGUCGCCCCACUCUAGAAAGUUAUGGGGUUCAUGUUUUCAAAGAUACGUUAAAAUGGUUACAGACUCGGCUGGCCACAUUAAAAAUCAGAAGACUCAUGUUAAAUUAUCUUCUCCAAAGGACUUAUUUACAGCUUUUCUUUUUCUGGGUUCUACCAGCUUGGUUCAGUGCCCUGAAGAGUUCUUUAAAUGAACCACUACUUAGUUCUUUUUUAAAGUAUCUACUUCUAAAAUUAUCUAGUUGGAAAUAUGAAGGAUACAGUUAGUUUUGGAAAUAUGAGUAAAGGAUCCAGUCAGUGUUACACGGUAAAGGUGGAGUUUUUUAAAGUCUGUAUUUAAAUGGUGCACUGAUAGGAUUCAUUCUUAAUUUGAGUUACAAAAAUGUUGCUCAGGUAAUCAGUUUCUUCCACGUAUGUGCAUAUCGUACUGUUAGAUCAUGGAAAUAUCUGAAUGCUUUAAUUUUUAUGUAUGCAAAAACCUAUAAAUCUUGUAUUAGCAUGUACAUCUGUAAAACCAGUUUUUAAAGUUUCUUGCCCCUUAUUUUUCAUAUUUUGAAAGAUCUGCAACAUGUAAUAAAGUUUUUAUUAUUCAAUCUGGAA